AUGGCUCAAAUUCGACUCGAAGGACCAAGUGGUUUAAACGCGUCAGGCGGUAAACCAGUUUGGGAAAAGACGCAUCAAGCUGCAGUAAUGGCACCAGUCUGGGGGCCAGGGCACCAGUCUGGGGGCCAGGGCACCAGUCUGGGGGCCCAGGGCACCAGUCUGGGGGCCCAGGGCACCAGUCUGGGGGCCCAGGGCACCAGUCUGGGGGCCCAGGGCACCAGUCUGGGGGCCCAGGGCACCAGUCUGGGGGCCCAGGGGCACCAGUCUGGGGGCCCAGGGCACCAGUCUGGGGGCCCAGGGCACCAGUCUGGGGCCCAGGGCACCAGUCUGGGGGCCCAGGGCACCAGUCUGGGGGCCCAGGGCACCAGUCUGGGGCCCAGAGCACCUUUCUGGGGCCAAAGGCCCCAGUCUGGGGCCCGGGGCACCAGUCUGGGGGCCCAGGGCACCAGUCUGGGGCCCAGGGCACCAGUCUGGGGGCCAAGGGCACCAGUCUGGGGGCCCAGGGCACCAGUCUGGGGGCCCAGGGCACCAGUCUGGGGGCCAGGGCACCAGUCUGGGGGCCAGGGCACCAGUCUGGGGGCCCAGGGCACCAGUCUGGGGGCCAAGGGCACCAGUCUGGGGGCCAAGGGCACCAGUCUGGGGGCCAAGGGCACCAGUCUGGGGGCCCAGGGCACCAGUCUGGGGGCCCAGGGCACCAGUCUGGGGGCCAGGGCACCA